CCAAAAGUUGGGGCAACUUAUUCCCAGGCUUCUAGCUCGGGAAACACGUGAGGCCAGUGGAAGUAAUAGCUGCUUCUACUCAAGAUGAAGUAGGAAUGAUACCCUCCCAACUUCAUGACAAGACCAAGGCUAAUGACCCCUUAGUCACCCCGCAGACACAACUAGACCAAACUAUGCUCUGUACGUUAGAUGUGUCUAAAGCCUUAGAGGACUUGGAGAGUGAGUGGUCAAACAAGGACCCUCGCGAGUCCUGGGUGGCACUAAGGAAAGGUCCUAGAGGGGAACAUUUCGUGGUGGAAGUCGAUGUGGGAGGCCGCAAAUGUGGUGCCUUCAUAGACAUUGGCUCCACGCGGAAUUACAUAAGUCGCGACUGUUUGGAAAGGCUGCACCUACAGGACCGGGUACGGCACCUUAGUAGACCCGUAGCAUCUACUUUGGCCAACAAGGAGCGCAUGAUUGUAACAGACUACAUCAAGGACGUAGUCUGUACCUUCUCCUAUGGAGGAGGUGAGCUUAACCAUAAGAUCUCGUUCUUGGUUAGCRACGACUURYCAUUCGAUAUGUUGUUAGGCAUGUACUACCUCGAAGUUGCCGAGCCCCAGUUCGACUGGGAUAAGAAGGUGCUCAAAUACAAGUUGCCCGAUGGCCGAACUGUCAGAUUGACUAAGUUCAAGGCCAAUAGUAUUGCAGAUACCUAUGGCUGCUUGUGCGCAUCAGCAUUCUAUAACUAUUACAAGCAAAACCAAGAGGAGGGUAUGACAGAAUACGUCAUCAAGUUGUUCAAGGACAACUGGGUAAGGGACUUUGGGUUACCAAAGACCAUCAUUAGUGACCGAGACGUCCGAUUCACAGGUGAGCUGUGGAAGAAGACUGCAGAACAGAUGGGCAGUCAACUUCAGAUGACUUCAUGGAAUCAUCCCGAAGCCAAUGGACAGGCCGAACAAAUGAAUAGAGUUGUACAACACUUGCUGAGGCAUUACAUCAAGCCCAGCCAGGACGACUGGGAUGAGCAGUUACCUCUCAUCGCCAGCCUGUACAACAAUGCUAUACAUAGCAAUACCGGCGUUAGUCCUAACCAACUGCACUUAGGAUGGAAGCCUAGAUCAGCAUUAGACUUCCUCCUACCUGAAAACCGACCUGCUGCAACUCCAGGCACUCUCGAAUACGGGGUGCAAUAUGAGAAGUUGCUGCAAGAGGCUGUUGAACAUAUGAAGAAGGCUCAACAAGCCAUGAUUGCUUCUGAGAAUCAACAUCGCAGGCAGUCCACAUUUCAGGUAGGGGAAUGUGUCUGGGUCAAGGCUAGUGAAUUAGGACAAGAAUUUGGAAUAUCUCGCAAACUAAUGCCUCAGUACUUUGGUCCCUGGGAAGUCUUGGAUGUAGUGGGAGAUGAAAUGGAUGGUCCUAUGUACGUCAUUCGUGUCCCUGGUCAUCUACGCACUCACCUAGUCUUUCAUGCCUCAAAUCUUGCACCUUUCGCUGAGACUGAUCAAUUCCCUUCCAGGAGAUCGAUGCUGCCCCCAACCAUGGAUGGACAAGUCGACAUCGACGAUAUUGUGGAUCAUUGGGAUAUGCCUGUUCCGAAGCCGGUGGGUCGAGGAAGACCUCCUAAACCCAAGAGGGAGUACCGGAUCAGAUUCAGGCAUCAUACGGAUCCUAAAGAAGAUCGGUGGCUUACCCGGGAGGAACUGAUGGAAACAACUCCUCAGGUGGUGGCAGAUUAUGAACGGAAGCUAAAAGGGAAGGCACCUGCGAAGACGAGUCCUCGAAAUUCUGACGGGACCACGCCCAAGAAAGCGAAAGUCUCGGACGCACGCCGUAAGCUGGCAGAAGUAGAAAAGCGAACCGCAGAAUAUAAGGCAAGGCUUAUUGAAGAGAUGAUGGCAGGGAACGAAGGAGACCUUCUGGGGGAAGGGUCACGAGAAGAACACAGGGCCAGUCAGGGCGAAGUCAGGCACGGAGGGAAGGAAAAUAGCCAUAGGGGAACACCCAACAAGAAGGGGAAGGAAAAGGGGGACUUCCCGGCCGUAGAAGCGGACAAGGCUACGACUGCACCUGCUAUAGACAGUGGUGCUAGCCGUUUGCCCGCCACGCCGAAAGUGACCAAGGGGUGCGACGGACUUUGGAGUCUCAGAGAAAGGGGGUUAGGAUGGUUUGAUCCGGAGGGUAUGCCAAAGGCCGGGGAAAAGCAGAAGGAUAACAAGGAAGGAGAAGGGACCAAUGCGGUCGGUGAAGUUGGGAGCUCUGAAGGGGGCCUCAAGAGGAUAGUGGUCACCCUCACUCGGGCGCUGAAUAAAAAUCAGGGGUAUCUUGCGGAUGCCAAUAAGAAACUUACUUUCGAUGGGGCAAAUAUUACGGAGUUCCUGAUAGACUACGAGAACCUGGCAGCCUUGCUGAAAUGGACCGAGGAAGAAAAGAUGGACCACUUAGGGCAGCAUGUGUCGCUAAGCUUAGGAAGGAACAUUAUGGCUAUUGUCGCCUCUAGUGGAUCCUGGAAAGAGACCCGGAACGAGAUGAUGAGGAAGUACCUGAAGGCAGAGAAAAUGGCAAUAGAAGCCGAAUUGGCGGCAGUCCAAAGGAAGAACUAUGCGACUUACAACGACUUCCUAAGGGCGUUUACUCUAGUGGCACUACGAAUUCCCGGGGUAACGGACCGUAUAAUGAAAGCCGAGCCGGUAGCUGACAUUGUCUGGGACCAACCGAGGGGACGCGCACCACAAGUCAAUUUCAUCCUAGAAGGUAAUGGACAGGACAGGGUGAACAUCACCACCCGGCGAGCAGGCGCGGAAAAGAAACUUAUUCGAGAUACGGCCCAGUGGGGACCAAGGGGCAAGGCAGGGGGACAAAGCACCAGAAAGAGGAAACUGUAUAUGGGUUUUGACUUCAACUUGGUCGUGGGCCGAGGGGGAAGGAAGCAAGGCACCAGGGGACCCUCACCCCUGAGGAAGGGGGAACCAAUAAAACUCCCAUCUGACAGUGACAUCAGUAAGAAGGAGGAUAUGAGCCUAAGGAAGAGGCAGAGGUUGGAUGAGGAGGAGCCCAACGAGGUCAUAGACCUUAGUAGCGGGGAGGAGGACGACGAGGUCACGACGCCAACAAAAGAAGUACGGGCAAGGGAUGAGGACCCAGGCGAGGAGAAGGACAAAUGGAUAAAAGAGUUUGGGCCGUCUUGCAGCGACUGGUUUGAUCAAUGGGCCAGUAUCCUGCGGUAUGAAUGGGCAAUCAAAGGAAAGGAAAAGUUAAGCAGGGGAGAAGAUAUAGCGCCAACAACCUUCUUCACAGAAGAGGCCCUCCUUGAUCUGCAAAGAACGAACAGGAGGAUGCAGCAGGAAAUCGACGAUCGUGCAAGGGAGGCUCAGCACAGGGCAACUGAGCAACAAGGGGACAAUAGACAUAACAGGGAAUUGCUAGAAAAUGGGGAGGAUGGGUACCUGGGCAGGCAGAACUGUCAUUCUGGCUUUUGCUUUUGAAUUUUUGGGAAUAAACCACUAUGGGACAG